UUUAUGGGCUAUCAUCCAAAAUGAUGAAUUUCGAAAGCAAGAUCCAAGAGUCACUUUGUUGACGGAGAAAGGCUUGUUUGUAGCAUUGCCAGCUAUCAAUCUUGUGAUGGUUGCAUGGAUGUCUGUGAUGAUGGUUGGUAAAGAGGUCCUUCCUGUCACUUUAGCUAUCACGGGUUUGUUUCUCAUUAGCCUUUUUGUGGUACCCCUCCAAUCAUCUUUUGUCAAACCAGGGACACCUUUAGAUGAUGGCCUGAUCCUUCCAAGGCCUAUUGGUCUUGCAUAUCUAUUAUUAAUUUCUAUGCUACCAGGGAUCAUAUUCUCUAGUAUAAAUUCUGUGCACAUGUUUUCCGACUUUGAGGACCUUUUUUUGUGUCAGCUUUUCUUUACUGGGCCAGUUUUUGUUCUCUCAUUGCUUGAAUCUCAAGGGAUUUUCCUAUGGUUUGGUAAUGUAAGUGAGAGAACUAUACUAUUGACCAGAUGGGGCUUUGGUAUAUUAGCUAUGGCUGCUCUCUCACUUUAUCUUAAUUAUGUGCCUGCCUCAACUGAUAUCCCAAGACUAGCUGUCCCUCUCAUCUUCUCAUUCAUUGCUCUCCUCUCCACUCUUAGCUCUCAAGGCUAUGACUUUAGGUUUAUCAUAGGAAUGGUAGUACUGAAUGUAAUACUUGUACUGACAUUAGCUCUUCAACUCCCAUGGGAAGUUCAGUAUAAUUUCUCAUUGGUGUCCCUCCCUCUCUGGGCACUACAGCUCCUCCUAGUAUUAUUAAUGAUAGGUUCUCUUGUACUUCUCCUUGGGUGGCAGAAAGACCUCACUUUACUAUGGCCCACUUAUCAUGCCGUUUUUGUUGGAUGCGAGUUUAUAAUGAAUAGCGAAGGGAUUUAUUCUUUGAGUUUUCUUUUAAUAACUGGUUUUGCAGCUGUCUUGCUCUGUCUGAGGUUACACACUGUUGGUCGCCUACCACUCCCAUUGACUAUACUCUGCGUCUGUCUCCACGUUUUAAAGUUGUCUCAUUUUCUUCCCGACUCCACAUCUUUCUCGACCUCCUCCUCCUUCCUUUCUCUCUUUGGCCUAAUGCUUACUGCCGUCUCUCUCUUGAAAUUGUUUUCUUCUGAGUCGCUUUCGCUCAAACUGUUGCUCUCAUUCUCUAUUGUACUAGCCGUUGGUUUGGUCUGCAGUAUUCAGUUGCUGGUUGUUCCGUUGUUAAUCUCAAUCACUCACACUCCUCCCACUUCCUCUGACCUUGCAGCUUUUAUCGUCCUUUUUGUUGGGAUCUUGUUGCAAUAUUUCACUCCUCGACUAAAGAGUGGAAAAUCCUCUUCUCUCAUUGUCGUUAAGUAUCUUCCUCCGUCUCUCUUCUUCCUUGCCACUUUGCUGUGGCUACUGCAGCCAGAGUUUAACCUCUUUGAGAUUAAUGAUGCAGUGAGUGUUGUGAUCUUACACGAAGUUAAUGUUAAUAAGUAUCUUGGUCGCAUUGUAACUUCAGAGCAAUUGUCUCUAUUGGCAUGGACUGUCGUUAUGAAGUGGUUGGUUGUUCUUUAUUCACUGAUGAUUGUUGCUUCUGUUUCAUUCAAACUUUGUUUCCCUGAGCUGAUGCUUCAAGCAGCAUUAUCUCUAUUUUGUGGCUCAGCCAGUGUCCUAUUCUCUUUACAAUUUGGCCAUCACACUCCAUUCUCUUUUCUUGGGAUCUUGUAUGGAGUCUCGGGAUUGAUUGGUGGCUUCCUCCUCUCUCUUAUUUUACUUAAGAAAUCAGGCACACCCACCUGGUUUGAAGGACUACUGUUGUUUCUGCUGACCUGUUUGUGCAUGAUAACAUUAACUUGUGAAUGGGGAUCCUUACCUUCACAUGUCAAUGAGCCAGUCUCUAUUCCAAGUGCUUCCCUUUUCUUGCUUCUCUUUGUUUCUAUUGCAGUUGUUCUUAAAGCUAAAUCAUUAUCAGGGAAGCCAUUACUCCCAUUCCUUUGCAAUGCUAGUAUAUUGAUUGCCUUCCUGAUAGCCGUUUGUCUGGAGUUGCCUCUUAAAUUAGAGAAGGCACUUGUUGUAUCUCUCUCCUCGUGUCUUUUUCUUCUCCUUCAGUCGGAUGGUUGGAUUGUGUCUACAAAGAGAGUCUCUAACCUUUUCCUGGCUCCAUCCCUUGUUGCUUCUUCCUUGACACUAUUUAUCAUCUCUUUCUUUAGAAUUGUUGAUGAUUUAUCGAUUCAAAUGACAAUAAUGACAUCUCUUGAAUUAAUUUGUCUCUUUGCUUGCAUCCCCGGGCAAGUCAAGUUCCUCUACAGCCUAUGGAAGGGGCUCCCGCUUCGUUUGAGUGUCUUUAAAGUUUUGUUUUACAUACUUCCCAAUGCAUUCCUGAUACAAUAUGGAGGAUCUGUUAAUGUAGUGUUUGGCUCUACUGUUGUCCUUGCCUUUAGUUUACUGGCAGUCUCUGAAUUUCAGACAUUCCUGGUACUAUAGUUGUGCAAAUUAUUGGAAAAUUUUUUUUGAUUUUUUAUAAAUUAUAAUUUUUGUUACCACGCAUGUGGUAAAGGCAAAUUUAGUUUAAGAUAUUUUGAAUGAGCAAAAAUAAAA